GUCAGCGCCUGGCCUGUGGAAGGCUCUAGAUUAAUGUAAAUUAUAAUGAUUACAAUUCUCAAUUUUGCAAGGAGACAUUAAAGGGACGUGCGUUUUAUUGUGCUCCAUCACACACUCCCAGAUCCAUCGCACUUCAAUCCAUUGGUUGAUAGAGGUGCAGUCAAAGCCUGUCCCAUCCUCUGCGGGCUUUUACAUUCUCUCCUCCCUCCCAAGCCAUGUCCUGCUCUGCUAUCAACACAUUUCCUCCUCUCCUGGCCUCCUUCUCUUCUCUCUCAUUCAUCUUCCCUCAGUCGAAACAGAAGCAAAGAGCCAGAGCCUUCAGUGUGGAGGAACUGAAAACAUUCUCUUCUGCUUUCUCAUUUGAUAGAUGAGGAAACUGAAGCUGAGGAAUAGUGAAGUUUGUCCAGUGUCAGAGCCCCAAAAUCAAUGGGACCAAAGUUUUCUUGGCGAUGUGUCAAGGUGGCGUCGUGCAGUGGUUUCACUCUAAACGGUAAUGCCAUCCUGUUUAUGGAUUUGUUUACACAUCUUUCCCUCCUUAGGGAUACCUUUCCUCCAUGGCUCAGGACAGACUCCUGGAUCGAGCCAACAGGAGAACUUUCUGUUUUGCUAAGGUUUGGAUAAUUUAGUUCUCUCAAAGUGGAGACUUUAAAAGAAACUUAUCUGUAUGCUGCGUUCACUGCCUGGUGUUCACUACCUAAGCCUACGGACCCUGAAAGCGGCUGCAGAUGAAGAUGGCAAGCACCCGCUGCAAGCUGGCCAGGUACUUGGAGGACCUGGAGGAUGUAGACUUCAAGAAAUUUAAGAUGCACCUAGAAGACUAUCCUCCUCAAAAGGGCUGCAUCCCACUCCCGAGGGGUCAGACCGAGAAGGCAGACCACGUGGAUCUAGCCACGCUGAUGAUUGACUUCAAUGGGGAGGAGAAGGCGUGGGCCAUGGCCGUGUGGAUCUUCGCUGCGAUCAACAGGAGAGACCUUUAUGAGAAGGCAAAAAGAGAUGAGCCCAAAUGGGAUAAUGCAUGUGCUUCUAAUCACACUGUGAUAUGCCAGCAAGACAGCAUUGAAGAGGAGUGGAUGGGUUUGCUGGGUUACCUUUCCAGAAUCUCCAUUUGUAAAAAGAAGAAAGAUUACGGUAAGAAGUACAGAAGACAUGUGAGAAGCAGAUUCCAGUGCAUCGAAGACAGGAACGCCCGUCUGGGUGAGAGUGUGAGCCUCAACAAACGCUACACACCACUGCGCCUCAUCAAGGAGCACCGCAGCCAGCAGGAGAGGGAGCAGGAGCUUCUGACCAUCGGCAGGACUAAGGCAGGGGACAGCCCCGUGAGUCCCAUUAAGAUGGAAUCGCUGUUUGAGCCUGAUGCGGAGCACGCGGAGCCUGUGCACACAGUGGUAUUCCAGGGAGCCGCGGGGAUUGGGAAAACUAUACUGGCCAGGAAGAUUAUGUUGGACUGGGCGUCGGGGACACUCUAUCAAGACAGGUUUGACUAUUUGUUCUAUAUCCACUGUCGGGAGUUGAGCCUCGUGACGCAGAGGAGCCUGGGGGACCUGAUCAUGAGCUGCUGCCCCGACCCAAACCCCCCCAUCCACAGGAUCGUGAGGAAGCCCUCCAGAAUCCUCUUCCUCAUGGACGGCUUUGAUGAGCUGCAGGGUGCCUUUGAUGAGCACAUCGGGCCACUCUGCACCGACUGGCGGAAGGCCGAGCGGGGAGACAUUCUCCUGAGCAGCCUCAUCAGAAAGAAGCUGCUCCCCGAGGCCUUCCUGCUCAUCACCACGAGACCGGUGGCCCUGGAGAAGCUGCAGCACUUGCUGGACCACCCUCGGCAUGUGGAGAUCCUGGGUUUCUCGGAGACCAAAAGGAAGGAGUAUUUCUUCAAGUACUUCUCAGAUGAGGCCCAGGCGAGGGAAGCCUUCAGUCUGAUUCAGGAGAACGAGGUCCUCUUCACCAUGUGUUUCAUUCCCCUCGUCUGCUGGAUUGUGUGCACCGGCCUGAAGCAGCAGAUGGAGAGUGGCAAGAGCCUGGCCCAGACAUCCAAGACUACCACUGCGGUGUACAUCUUCUUCCUCUCCAGUUUGCUGCAGCCCCGAGGAGGGAGCCAGGAGCAUACCCUCUCUGCCCACCUCUGGGGGCUCUGCUCUUUGGCUGCAGACGGGAUCUGGAACCAGAAAAUCCUCUUUGAGGAGUCCGACCUCAGGAAUCACGGCCUGCAGAAGGCGGAGGUGUCUGCUUUCCUGAGGAUGAACCUGUUCCAAAAGGAAGUGGACUGCGAGAAGCUCUACAGCUUCAUCCACAUGACCUUCCAGGAGUUCUUUGCUGCCAUGUACUACCUGCUGGAAGAGGAAAAGGAAGGAGGGACGCAGAAUGUUCCAGGGAGUUGCUUGACGCUUCCCAGCCGGGACGUGACAGUCCUUCUGGAAAACUACGGCAAAUUCGAGAAGGGGUAUUUGAUUUUCGUUGUGCGUUUCCUCUUCGGCCUGGUGAACCAGGAGAGGACCUCCUACUUGGAGAAGAAAUUAAGUUGCAAGGUCUCUCAGCAGAUCAGGCUGGAGCUGCUGAAAUGGAUUGAGGUGAAGGCCAAGGCAAAGAAGCUGCAGAUCCAGCCCAGCCAGCUGGAAUUGUUCUACUGUUUGUACGAGAUGCAGGAGGAGGACUUUGUGCAGAGGGCCAUGGACCAUUUCCCCAAGAUUGAGAUCAAUCUCUCCACCAGAAUGGACCACGUGGUUUCUUCCUUUUGCAUUGAGAACUGUCAUCGGGUGGAGUCCCUUUCCCUGGGGUUUCUCCACAACAUGCCCAAGGAGGAGGAGGAAGAGGAGAAGGAAGGCCGACACCUCGACGUGGCCCAGUGUGUACCCCCAGGCUCUCUCACUGCCUGUUCCCUCGGGCUGGUGAACAGCCAUUUCACUUCCGGCUUCUGUCGGGGCCUCUUCUCGGUUCUAAGCACCAACCAGAGUCUGACUGAACUGGACCUGAGCGACAAUUCUCUGGGGGACCCAGGGAUGAGAGUGUUGUGUGAAACGCUGCAGCAUCCUGGCUGUAAUAUUCGGAGAUUGUGGUUGGGGCGAUGUGGCCUCUCCCAUGAGUGCUGCCUCGACCUCUCCUUGGUCCUCAGCAGUAGCCAGAAGCUGGUGGAGUUGGACCUGAGCGACAAUGCCCUGGGGGACUUUGGGAUCAGACUCUUGUGCGUGGGACUGAAGCAUCUACUGUGCAACCUGAAGAAGCUCUGGCUGGUCAGCUGCUGCCUCACGUCAGCAUGUUGUCAGGAUGUGGCAUCCGUACUGAGCACCAACCAUUCCCUGACCAGGCUCUACAUGGGGGAGAACACUCUCGGAGACGCAGGAGUAGAAAUUUUGUGUGAAAAAGCCAAGAAUCCACAGUGUCACCUGCAGAAACUGGGGUUGGUAAAUUCUGGCCUCACAUCAGCCUGUUGUUCAGCUUUGUCCUCGGUACUCAGCACUAAUGGGAAUCUCACGCACCUUUACCUGCGAGGCAACACUCUUGGAGACAAGGGGAUCAAGCUCCUCUGUGAGGGACUCUUGCACCCCGACUGCAAGCUGCAGGUGUUGGAAUUAGACAGCUGCAGCCUCACGUCGCACUGCUGCUGGGAUCUUUCCACUCUUCUGACCUCCAGCCGGAGCCUGCGAAAGCUGAGCCUGGGCAACAACGACCUGGGCGACCUGGGGGUGAUGAUGUUCUGUGAAGUUCUGAGACAGCAGAGCUGCCUCCUGCAGAACCUGGGGUUGUGUGAAAUGUUUUUCAAUUAUGAGACAAAACGUGCAUUAGAAACACUUCAAGAAGAAAAGCCUGAGCUGACCAUUGUCUUUGAGCCCUCUUGGUAGGGGCAGAAGCAGGGCUGCCAGACGCCAGUGUUCUCUGGCCCCUCCACUCCUUGGGUGCUGCAGUCCAUCCAGCCCAAAAAUCCUUCCAGGGGGGUGUUGGAGAAGAGAGCUUGCUGAUGACGCCUCUGUGUAGAGAACGGGCAUCUCCUUUAUGCCCGGGUGAGGAAGACACGAGGGUGAUGGAAGCUUCCGGAUGUUCUCAUCACAGCACCUUAAUUAGAGGAUGUUCCUCUUGGCGACCUUAUGUAAUUAGCUCAUUCAAUAAAACAUUUUCUUU